UGAAAACAAAGUACAUUUCGGCCGAAAAGUUGCAAAAACAGGGCUACCAAAAUACCACGGGCAAAUUGCGGUUACGGUUGUGAAUUCCCACUAAAUAAUGCAAUAUAUUUUUAUUUCCACGAACCACAAAAAUUACUACACCUCAUCCUGCGGAUUAAACAACAAUAAUUAUAUCUACGAAUUGCGUUGUAUGAAACGAACGACAACGAUGAUGACGACGAUCUGUGGGAUUAACUCGCCCUGGAACUGAACGAUGGAUCUAGCAGAUCAAAUCGAUGACUAUAUCUGUUCGUUCGAGGGACUUGGUGACUUAACAAUGGACUCCCUGGCCAUCUUCAUUUUCCUGUGGGCCGUUCUGGCCCUCUUCUCGGUGUGGCUGAUCAAACUGCUGUACCACAAGUAUCUCAACAAGGACAAGUCGGCCAGUGCGGCCAACAGCCGCCAGACGAGUGUGGCCCCCACAUCCGGAUCAACGUCAUCCGUCGCCGGCAAGACGGAGAAGCGUCUCUCGGAGCCGCGAGAUCUGCUGGCCACCAAGAGCAAGGUGGAGGAUUUAUCCAAGCCCCUGACCGGCGGAUCCGGCGGUCGAGGGCGCUCCUCAGCCUCGCCCUUGAACACUGGUGCUGGUGCAGCUGCCGGAGGUCCACGUCGCCGGGUGGUUCGUCAGAGUUCCACUGGGCCAGAGAACCGCAAGAAGCGUUAUGUGCCACCGCCAUCGAAUGUCGUGGGUCCAGAAACGAGCUCCGUCACCUGGACCAGCCAGGUGUUCCGCUGGCUCUACAGCGACCUAGUCAUCGUCAACGAGCUGCUCAUGUCCUGGGUGAUUGCCAUCAACGACACGCUGCGCAAGUCCGUGGAGGAGCAUGGAGUGGCCGUUGAAGUGGUUCGAGUGCUCCCCGACAGUCCUGCCCCCGGAUUGAAUAAUAUAUUUUGUAAUUGCGAUGAGAACAAUCCCGCUGAUAUGCUCAUCACCUUUGACUGCGAUGCCAUGCCGGUGCUGCAGGUGAAGACUUUCCGUCAGAAGGCCGGCAAGGUGGAGACCUCCCACUAUAAGGUCACCGUGUCAAGGUUCCGCGCCCGCAUGGCCAUUCCCAUGAACUACAACACCCUCAAGGGUGAAAUGCGCGUCGAGGGCUAUCCGGAUGUUCGCAUCGCGAUGAACAGCGUGGGUGCCAUCAAGGCGAUGGACCAGGACGAACAGCAGCUGCAGACGGUGAUCAGCGACAUCCUGACGACGGCUCUGCGCGACACCGUCUACCCGGUGGACUUCUCCAUCUACUCCACCUGUCCGCGGGCCGAAGUGGAGCCCCUGGACCUGCCCCACAACAUGGAGCACCACCUGGGCGGCGUGGGUCUGAGGGACUCACAGCACAUGGUUUCCGGCCGCCGGCUGCUGGUGAAGAUCGUCAAGGGCGAGGGAAUAAGGGAGGCCCAGAAUCCCUAUGUGGUCAUCGAGAUGGACGAGCCGGCCCAGAAGAACCAGACGGGCACUCAGCGCGGCAGCAAACCCUUCUGGGAUGAGCACUUCCUCUUUGAACUCUCCCCCCAAUCAGCCGAGAUCCUGUUCGAGGUGUAUGACCACCCGGUGAUUGCCUCCGAUCCGCCCAAGUUCCUGGGUCUCGGCCUGGUUGGCAUCGAUGAGCUGGCCGUGGGACCUGCUUCCACCCAGCUGCUGCAGCUUCAGCCACGCCCCUAUGAGACGCAGCCCGUUGCGGGGGCCAUCACCGUGGACUUUGUGUUCAUCGAGGGCGCCGAAAUCCCGGCGGGCACCCGUCCGCAGCGUCUGAAGGAGGCGCUGCGCCUCAGCACGCCGGCCAUCAACGAGCACAUCCGGAAUGGAGCGGACCUGGCGGAUGCAGCCGUGCGGGCUCUGCAGGAUGGAGCGCUCUCGGGCAGCGGAAGUGGUGGGCAGCCCAGCAAGAGCACGCUGAUCAUCCACAGCGUACAGCGAAACUCGAACGGCCCGAAUGCAUUUAAGGUCGAGGUGAACAAAGAGGGCCAGAUCGAGGUGACCGAAACGCCGUCCGAAUUGGAUCAGGCCGUGGCCCAGGCCUUCGAGCGGGCAGCCAACGAGGCCAAGGAUGAGCUCGAGCUGGAGCAGGCCAAGGAGGAGAAGGCCAGUCAGCUGGGCGAGACGCUCAACGAUUCAGGUAACGGCACCGUCAACGAGGAGAGCACCGCGGAGUUUGGCCAACCCAAUGCAGCAUCAUCGCCGAAUGGCAGUGGUUAUCACAACAACUACAGCCUCAAUGGCAACGGCAACUCGAAUGGAGCCGGUUCGGGUGGAUAUAACACCCUGCCCCGGAAUGGAGGAGGGGCCCAGCAGUUGGGACAGCAGCACUCCGGAUUGAUCGAGGGCCAUGAUGUGGUCGACGAUCGCGGGCGCAGCAAAAAACGUAAUUUCUUUGGCACCCUGAAGAUGCGGCUCAGCCGCUCCAAGACACGCACCCUCUCGGCCGAUCAGCCCAAUAAUAACAGUCAUAAGUCACUAUCAGCCACCAACUCGAAUACAGCAACAGCCACCGGAUUCCCUCGAACAGCCACCGGAACCCUCAAUGGACCCCGCAUGGGCAUUGGUCACUCCAUCACCGACCACUCACGCCGCUCCUCAAUUUCAGAAUCCUCGGCCAUCUCAGGCUUCUCCUCGGCCAGUAAUAAAACCUAUGUGCACGAGGCCUCCACCCUGGUGCUGGAGACCGUCGAGAAUGGUAUAAAGCGCCACUUUAUUGUGCCUUUGGCCAUCGCCCAGAGACCGCGCUGGCGUCGCAAGGGCACCAAGCUGCACAUCUACAACGAUCACACCUUCAUCGCCAAGCAUUUGAGCGGAAGCGGCCUGCAGUGCUCCAUUUGCAUGAAGUCCAUCCCGCGGAGGCCCGGAAAGCAGGGCUACGAGUGCCGCGACUGCCAGCUGAUCUGUCACAAGCAGUGUCACAUACGGGCACCCCAGGCCUGUCCCAAUCCCACGGUGCUCUCCAUGGAACUAACCAAACUUAAUUCGGCUGCGGCAGACCGCAGCAUACGGAAGCUGUGAAAGGGGAAGCCCCCCGGAGAGUCCCAUCGGAUCCAUCCAGCCCUUCAACGAGAAACCUUAAUCGAAAUAUAAUACCCUAGUUACAUAGAUAGGACGGAGGAGCUGUGCAAACUAUCUUCUUCUGCUAUGGCAAUGAUCGACAUAUUACGUUAUUUAUUUAUACACCCACUCGAACACAACACACAUAUGUGCAAUAAGUUCUUUGGAUUCGUUUUAACCCAUUUCUCCGUGUCAACGUUCUCGAGCCCUUUGAUAUUUUGUAUUUUCUACAAACACGAAUAAUAAUUGUACAAAAUAAAU